AUGUCAGAGGAACUCGAAGACAACGACGACGAGGUGUGGGAAGAAGACGCGACCAGCGACAACGAGCAAGGCGAGGGAGGACUGGCCGUGUUCUCCGAAGGAGACGUUGAGCCUGACUCCAAUGAAGUUGAAGUUUCCUUGGCAAAUCUUGGCUUAGAAAAGUAUGCCGCAGUGGACGACUCUGCUUUCGAUGACUUUGAACUACCAGAGACCAUCGCAACAGACGUCCAGGAGGCCUGGAAUGCCUUUUGUGGCGAGUUUGAGUCACGCGAAGCAGCCGGGGAAAUGUUUUUCACAUCGCUGUUCGAUGCAGCACCAAGCCUGCAGCUUUUGUUCAAGAGCCCCAAAGCUGUAGUGGCCAUGCGAUUCAUGAUCGGCAUCAGCAGCAUCAUUGCAUGCUGCUCGCACAAGGUGCAACUGAAAAAGGAAAUCGAAGCUCAAGGAUUUCGGCACUUGGAGAUCGAUGUCACGAGUGUGCGUGUGGACUUCUUCCGAGAAGCCUUUUUGGAUCUUAUGGAGGAGACGAUAGGAUCACGCUUCAACAGCAACGUCCGCGCGGGACUCCAAACGCUGAUAAAUUAUGCAGGCGGCGCCUUCAUCUACAUCCGCAGGGAGUACGCAGGGCGUAUUAGUCUGAUCCUGCGCAGUUGGAACUUCGCAUCCAAGGGGUCGAACGACGCAGAGGCACUGGGCGGGAAGGAGCCGGAGGAAGGUGCGGAAGACGAGGGCGACAAGGAGAAAGAGACCAAUGUGAACGAAGUUAAGCAAGACAACAACGUGAAGACCACGAAGGCCUCGAACCAGUCUGGCGCACGCAGCUCCGGAGAGCCAAGUGAUGGUCAGAUGAAGGUGCCCACUACGUUCAACGAGAUGGUGCUUUUCAAUGCAUCCGUGAUGGGCUUCGGCGCAAACACGUGGAUGAACAUCAUCUUGGCUCAGUUUGACGACAUGGUGCGGAACGUCGCGAACUCCUCCCGCCUUCAGGAGGAGUGCGAUGUGGUCUCGCUUGUUUUGGCGAAAUACCGAGGCACGAUCAACCUGCCAGACUUCAAGGCUGUCACUUUGGCUUCGCUUCGGUCCUUGCUUCCAGAGGAGUGGGAUUCGAGCCACGAGAUCGCGUGGGGAUGGCUUUGGGAGAACAUCGAGGGCCUGCUCAGCUCCAUGUUAGGUAAGCCACGGCAGCAGGAGCAUGCCUUGGGAAACUUCUUCAGAUAUAUGGAAGACAAGGACUCCCAGCAUUUAACGCAGCGCUUGUUCCCGGUCUUCUUUGAGCUGGCGCCUGCGGGUCAGGACUUCUUUCAGCAGUCCACCACGAGGAUGUACUUUAUCUCUGGAAGAAUCAUUGCCAUGACCGUGGACAUGUACGCCACUCCACGGAAGAUGGUCGAAGAGAUUUCGGGCAUCGGAUUGCGGCACGUUGGCUAUGCCAUUCCUGUGGAGAUGUUCCCUCCUUUCGUUUCAGCAGCAGUUGGGCUACUACAAGAGCUUACGACCAACGAGCUUGCGAUCGAGGCUUUCCGUUGGUCCCUGGCGCUCAUAGCCAAGAUCCUGGUUCGAGCCAUUACCGAGGGCUCGACCCUGGUGAUGAAGGCCAUCAACACCAAUCAGAAAAUCAUGCUCGACAAGGCCAUGGAAGUAACUUCAAGAGGUCAUCGUGCAAGCGAGCUGCUCAGUAUCACCGUGGGCACCCAGUCGAUCUCGCCUUUCUACUGGGCUAUCGACAGUGGUGCAACAGUGUGUGCAGUGGCUAUGCUGGAAGACUUGUUGACGAUCAGGGCAGAUCGUGAAGCCUACUACUACGGAUACGACACGCUCUUCACCCGUCAUCCAGAAGCCGUCCAGCGCUUGUGCGCAACAGCCCCGACACUGAUGCCAACGUUGCUUGACGGCUUGGUGUGGCGAUCUCGUCAGACAAAGGAAGGCUUCCGACGGGUCAACUACUAUGUCAAGCACUUGAUCCAGGACCUGGAUGGCAACUUGAGCAUGAAUUUGGAGUGGCUGGUGGCACACGGAGAUCCCAAGAUCAUUCGCCACCCCACUGUGGUUAUGUUUGCAGACUUGCUCUGGUACAAACUGGCAAGCUACAAGUUCGUCCUCUCGAAGUUGUACUUCUUGCUGAUGCUGGUCAUCUUCGUCACAUCCCAGGCGAUCAUUCCCAAUCACACGGGCCAGCAGCAGACCCGCGAAGAGCUCACUGUCAUGUUCGUUCUGCGCAUCCUGAACUACUUGGGCAUGAUGUGCAAGCUGAUUUUCAGCUCGCUGCGGAAGACAUGUUCUGACUGUGCAAAUGGCAACAUCGACAAGUCUUUCUGUAUUCCGAUCCCAGCACACCUUCGCAGCACCCAAGAAGCGGCAAACUUCAUUCUUAUGUGGUUACUCAUCGUCAGCUGUGCCCAGGAGCCUUUAUUCUUGUGCUUGAUCUUCGGCCAGACUGGACCGGAUGGCUUCCCAUUGACGACGACGUGCCCGGGUGCCGAGGAGUUCAUGGCUUCCUACUCCAUCGCUACAUUUUUGGCAAUGAUGAUCUACUGGGGAUUGCUUCUGGACCUGGCCAUCUUCUCCAUGCGUAUAUCCGCCUAUGUUCUGGUUUGUGGACGCAUGCUUGCCGAAGUUGCACUCUUCGUGUGUGCUCUGUUGUCACUCAUCGUCGCGUUUGCCACAUCCAUCAGCGCGCUCUACUUCGAGUAUCCGUCUGUCGAGGGUGCUCAUGUGUGGAUUGACGUACUCCUGCAAGCGGCCUUGGAGAUGCUUCCACAGGAGAAUUACCUCGAGAUUGCAGCGAGCUCUGUGAUUGUCUUUGUGCCUGUUGUGGUGUUUGUGUUCGUGGUCUCCAUCUUGUUGAUGAACCUGCUGAUCGCGCAGCUGACGCAAUCCUAUCACGAUGCCUUCUCGAACAUGCAGGGCUAUGCUCGCUUGAACCGGGCCGCCAUCACAGCGAGUACUUUGCACUCCGUGUCACGGAAGCGAUGGUCAGCUUUCCUGAAUGGCUUGGCGAUGGACACACCCUUGGAGUUCAACGAAGGAGAUGUUGGCCUGGCCGGAGGCAUACAAGUCCUGGAGCCGGCAAGCGCCCAUCCUGUCUUCGAGGACACCAUCAAGCGCUACGGCGGCAGCACAGACCCCCAAGCACCGUGGCCACGGGAGGUGGUGGAGGAAGCCGAAGACCGGCUGGCGAAAUUAGCCGCUCGGCCUUUGAGAUGA